AUAAACGAUGUCCUAAAAUUAACUUAAAAUGUGCAAACAGUAAGAUUUAAAGUUUCUUCCUACGCCAACCGGUUUUUGAAUAUUAUUAAGGUGACUGUAUUCUUGGCGUGUCUUUUGUACUUGUUUCUCAAUUAUUCCUUUCCCCUCAUCCGUAAAAAUAAUAUAUUCAUGCGUAUGAUUUACGACCCGGAAGUGAUUCACAACUUCCGCUUUAAACAACCGAUAAACUUCCGGGUCGCAAGGUAAUAUUUUGCCUAGAGCUGUUAAGUUGCUAAUGAGCCUAAACUACCCCCAGCGGGUAAAUAGAAAACACCAACUACGCAGUAGAAACACAGGGUAAAUAAAUAUAUACAUAUUUUUUUUUUAAUAUUUGUCGAGUAGUUGUCAUGGCUUGUAGAUUAAACCACCCGGAAGUAGCUCGGAUUCCGAGUGUGUAGUGAGUAGAUGAGACUUGACAUGGGGGGGUGAAGAUAAGCGAUUAUACGGUUUAAGAUAGGAGACACCCACUGAUGCAGGAACAUAAAGACCCGCCACGGAGGCAGCAGUCCACAGGGCUCGAAGGAGGACCGAGUGUCCCAGCCAGCACCACGGGAAGGUCGGCGCUUUCCGGGACGGACACGAUGCGGAGCGCGAUGGGACCGGUUCUGCACUGGCUGCACGACGUCGCAGCUGUGACUCUCCUCAAAGCCCGGCGGACAUUGUUUCAGGCUGCCACCCUUUUCUGCGUCCUGGUCCUGCUGCUCUGGGUGUCCGUCUUUCUCUAUGGAAGCUUCUAUUACUCCUACAUGCCCACCGUGAGCUUCUCCACCCCCGUGCACUUCUACUACACCUCUGAUUGCGAUACCUCAGACUCGACAACACUCUGCUCCUUCCCCACGGCCAACAUCUCGUUCAUGAAGAACGACAGAGAUCAGGUGAUGGCGAACGGUCAGCCUUACCGAGUGUCUUUGGAGCUAGAGAUGCCGGAGUCACCUGUGAACGAACAGCUGGGCAUGUUCAUGGUCAAGAUGUCUUGUUACACGAAAGGUGGGAAGACUGUCUCGCAAGUGGGGAGGUCUACAAUGCUGCAUUACCGCUCCAACCUCCUGCAGUAUCUGAGCACUUUAUUCUUCUCUCCUUUACUCCUGACUGGGAUGGCGGAGCAGAAGCAGCUCAUAGAAGUGGAGCUCUUCUCCGACUACAAGACGAAUGCCUAUCAACCCACUAUCGGCGCAGUCAUCGAGAUCCAGUCCAAACGUGUGCAGAUCUACUCAUCCCAGCUCCGCGUCCAUGCCUACUUCACCGGUAUACGUUACGUUCUCUACAACUUCCCCCUGACGUCCGCCGUGAUCGGCGUGGCCACCAACUUUGCCUUCCUCAGUGUCAUCGUGCUGUUCAGCUACCUGCAGUUUAUAUGGGGUGGGAUCUGGCCCCCGGAUCAAGUGAGAGUCAGGGUGAUGAUGGGAGACAACACCCGCAUCCAGCAGAGGAGAGAGGAGGCUCGGAAGCGCAUGGAGAAGGAAAACUCGUACACGGCACUCAAUCAACCGAAAAUGAUCGGAUCUGUGAACGAGGCAUCUGAUUUCCAAGCUGACGCGGAGGCGGAGGCGACAUCAAAGAACUCCUCUGUGGUCCAAGAUGCCACCGAUGUGCGAGUUAGCAAGGAAGAGGAGUCUCAUGACUCCGAGGAGCCCGAGGAGAAAGACGCCACGGAUGUGUCUGAUGGAUACGUGCCACCUCAGCCGGGCGAGACGGUGCUCAGACAGAGACCCGGACCCUGGAUGAGCCUGUGAACCAUGUCACCUCACAAAGUAUCCGUAGCUCAUGUGCUUCGAUAGCGUCUUAUCAGUAGCUUCACUGCAGAUAUUAAUAAACUAAAGCUAACCUGCUGUUUCAGUUGGACUAAUAUCGCUUGCAUGAUAAUAGGUUACCUGUGGUGUUUUAGCUGGCUAGCCCUUUGUCUUGUCUCGAAGACAGUUUACCUCAUUGUAACUUUGACCUACGCUCUUUUUUUUUUCUGAUCGCAGCACUGUUACAAGUUUCAUGUUUGUGCCACUUGAUUUUCUGCUGGUGCCUUUCAGAAGGUGCUACAUUCCACUUGUCCAUUGUUUGUCUUUUUUUUUCUUUUUCAUUGCACACAAGUGGCAACGAAGUUUAGUUUGGUAGCAAUCUCUAUUAACCGCUCAAUUUAACCUCCUCAUGUUUUACUUUUCCAAAAUCUCAAAGGGCAGUACUUCCUGGGAAUAACUGACUCAAGCCUACUAACAGUGUUCCCAUUUAAAGCGAACACAGAGACUCUUUUGAUUGUUGCCAUUUAACCGAAAAAUCAGUUUUUGAAUAUAUUGUAGAGGCCCUGAAACAAAAUUAAAAGUUCUCAUGAACCUUUUUUCUAACGCUCUCUUUCAGAGGAAUUGGAUUUGGGGAGUUUUCAGAAAAGAAAGAGUCUUUGUUUUUAUUAACUUUCCAAGAAAAAAAAUGUGAAGUGGGUCCAGCCUGACGGAUAUAAGCAAUUCGUCACGUAUAUUUAUUUUUAUCAUCAUGCGAAUAGAUGUUCUGUCUUCGUGUGAACGGAUUAUUUAAGUGCCGUGGCACAUUUAGUUAAUGCUUCUGUGCUUUAAUGUGGCAAUGUUCAUUCUAUUGGAUCUUUGUGUUCAGUGUUUACUUGCAGUUUGCACUCUGUGGUUUUGGUGUUUUGAAAUUGGUAUGUAUUUUGUUUUAUUACAUCCAAGACAUUUUACCUGGGUCUUCCUUAUAAUUCCUUAUAAUGUACAUUUUCAUUAAUACGUGUGAAACAUGUUUGUGUUUAAAUUUGCCGGGCAUACAGUACGAGAAGGGCAAUUGAAGUUACUGUUUUGAAACUGAUGCUAUUUGAUAAAGCAUGUGGAUUGAAGGUGAUGGAGGGAUUGUUGGUGUGUAGCUCAGCCUCCAUGUGUUUGACCUCCACCGCCGGGGAGCUUUGGGUUAAGGAAGUUUAUGUAAGGAGCUAAACAAGUUGUGUUGAUGUAGGACUUUGUACCAAAGAUAUCGUCAAAUAGGAUGCAUUUAUAAGCUGUCAGCUGAAGAUACAGGGCAUGAGUAGGGGUUAUUUAUUCAUUGAACAAAAUAAAUAAACGCACAGAAGCAGUGCAUGUCUCUUUUGUUAA